AUGGAAGACGCAAAGAGGGAGGUGGCGGCGCUACACGAUCGUAACUCGCAGCUGACUGACAGCGCCAAGGAGGUCCUUUUUGGCCACUUCCUGAGCGACCCCGUGCUGGCCGACUAUCCCCAGUUGCGCCACGCCCUCACGGAAGAAGGGCGAGGCAAGAGAAAGUGGGCUGCGCAGGUGGAGCUACUUGAUGCGCUGAUUGCGCAAGAAGUCGGAGAAGCAUUCAGCAUCUACGUUCUCAAGCAUGAUGGGAAGCGGAUUCCCUUGGUAGUGACCUACACGACGAUGCUGGACGAACUCAAGCGACAGCUGCAGCUUGUUGUGGACCACCAGACUGCGGAGCGCUUGGGGCCGACUCGGCGCAUCAACUGGAAGCACGUGUGGGAUCGCCAGUGUCUCAUGUACGAAGGCCGACGACUGCUUGACGGCAAGCAGCUCUUGUGCGAUGCUGGGCUAGGUCUCGUGCUUUCCACCUCUUCUCUUGCCUUGCCAUCAUGCUUGAUCAUGUCUCAUGAUGUGCUCCCGUGUAGGUCCGGAGGCGUGUGUUUCGUUCGCUGA